AUGAAAGUACUUUUACCGUUGUGUUUACUGUUGGCUGCCGAAAUCUACGCGAAAGUUAUGAAUAAAACAGCGCCAAACGUUCAGUCGUUCGUCGCACAAAGUCCCAUGGAACUAAUAACAGGCCUUUAUGGGAAUUGGUCGAUUGCUUAUUUCAGCUUAGAGAAUCAGCAGACAGUGAAGAAUUCGACGGGUGAGGUGUAUUUGGAGGCAAUGAUGGCAGAUCCUGGAAUCGGUGUUCGUUGCACGAACGAUAGUCAUUUGAUGCCAUCGCUAGACGGUGCGUAUUAUCCAUGUUUCGCAAACGAAUCAUUUCUGUAUCCACUCCAUUUACCUUCUAAACGUCCACCGUCAUACAACUUCAAUCAAAAUUGUUCGUGUUCGAAUCGCGAGUGGCAAUGCACUGAUCCGGAUGAGUUUGAUUUGGAUUUAGCGAAUGUUACGUUGGAAAGUGGCAAUAUCGUGUUCGAUCUUUCCUAUCGAAACAUAUCGCAAUUUCGACUGAUAACUUUCGAACGAACGAUGCACGCACCAUUGAUGUGA